GCCACUUCUUUUAUAUUUCUUGGUUUACAAAACCGGCGACCCGAAAUAUUUGUAAAUUGGAAAAAAAAUAAAACUGAAAUUUCCACUUUUUUUUCCCCCGAUGCAAAAAAAAUUAUCCGAAAAGCGCGAUAAAUAUGAGUACGAAAAUUCGAAUAUUUUUGAGUACGAAUCUAUAUAACGCAACAUUCGGACUACCUCGGAUAACUACCACAGUUCAUGGUAAAACAACAAUGGCGGCGCCCUUGAGCGGCACGGUUUACUUCCAAGUAGAUUUUGUCGGGAUAAAAGAUUUGCCAGCCAGACGGGCUUUUUUAAAGGCUGCCGUUGAUGAGGACAUCGGCACGGCUAUAAGCCGUAUCCUUCCUCGAGAAGAUUUAAUGGUUUGAUUUACGAUAUAUUUUCUAUAUUGUUAAAUUGUAUUUUGUUUUCGUCGAAAUGCUCAGCCGGGACCGGUUCGGACACACAUCCGAUCAGUAUUAACCGGGAGAAUUGCUGCUUUAUAACAAGCAAACGUUCCAGACUCUUUGGUCACGUCGUUCUAAAGAGCUAGCCCAGCACUGACUUGGUGACUGAGGCUGUUAGAAAUGUCAUAUCUGGAGUGAAAUAAACUGUACAGUUCAAUGAGUCAUGAAAUCGAAAAUACUUCAACAGUACAAUUGUUUUUCAUCUUGAUACAAUAUUAAACAUUAUCAUAGAGUUUGUAAUUUUCACGCAGGUUCAAAGUAUAACAGCUGGCAAAAGUGAGCUGCUUGCAUACAAAGAGCCCAUAUAUGUGGAGGCAGCAACUCCUGUGAAUGUCCUGCAUGAAUUUGGGACAAGGUUUUUAAGUGUUCAGCUAAUGGAACACGAAGUUCCCAAUACAAAACAAAAUGCUGGUGAGAAGAAUGUGUUUGAUAUUUUGUUGCGGGCACAGAAGUCUUACAACCUGAUUCCGAAAGAAAGAUACUGUAUUUAAAAUGUGAACUCUCACAUUUACCAGACAAGAGAUUAACUCAAAAGAUAGAUUAUACAACAUGGUGUUGAAGUUCAUGCAGAAGAAUGGGGUAGCAUUUACGCCAAUGCAGGUGGAGACGACAGGAACUUACAUUUGUAAGACACUAACCAACACACUGUGGUACUUGGACCCUCACUGGGAAAAGUUUGAACAAAGGUCUAUUAGUUGUGUAGACUUCCAAGAUUUAAGAGGUUACAACAAUUGGAGAAAGCUUAAGAUAAAGGAACCCAAGGUAACCUCUGAAGACCUGACUGAACAUAUUUCUAAUAUGAUAACUAUGACCUCAGCUGGAUACUUCCUUAACCAGAAAUUCAAACAUUUCAAAGGAAUGUGUGAAAAUCUUAUUCAAGGAAUGGUAAAGUAUAAAAAACACAUUGAUCAGCAAGCACAGCGUAGUGCAGUAAACAGGGAAAAGACUGAACCAGUAAGAUCAUUGAGUGAUCACAAUGUGUUGAGAGAUCUGAAGAUUGGAACUGACAUCGACAGGAAUUAUACUCUUGUUCAUGAAUCUCUCCGGACCCUGAAAGAAUUUGAACCCCUCUUUCUGUUUGAUUAUGAACCAGAAGAUGUCUACGACAGGAAAUUAUGGUUAGAGAAAAUGACAUUUCCAUAUCCAGUCAAAAUGUAUACUCAUAAAUUUGGAAACUUCCUGGGAAAUCACACCUUUAUUUGGAAAAGCCCAGAAGAUACAAAAGAUCUGUCUAGAGCAACAGGUGACCUAGAUGCCAUCACAGCCGUUAAGCAUGACCUGGAGAAAUUCUCAACACGUGCAAUGAGAAGAAAUUUCUUUCAGAAAUAUUCUAAGACUGGAGCAAAACCUGCCAUUCUAAGGAGCAUAUACAGAUAUCUCACUGAAGACGACACUGCUCCAGAAAGUAAUGAACAAAGGGCAAUAGACACACGUGUGUCUGAGUUCCUGCUUCAAAACGACUCCACAGAGUUUCUUUGUUUUGAUGAAAGAUUAGCAGUUCGAUUUCGGAAUGAAAGUAUACUGAUUUGUCUUGACGACAAAAGUGUCGUUCCGGUUGGUGAACCAGGGAAGCCUGUAUCAACAGGAGUUAGAGCACAUAACAAAUCAUUGGUCAUAAGAGGAGCAGUACUCAGUGCUCUAGAUCACGACUUCCACAUACAUGGUGCAGUGCCUUCUGUGCUUUUCAAAGUGGAUAUUCCUGAGCACAAGUCAGAUAGCUUUUACAAUGGUACAGUGCAUGUUACGGUUAAGGAAAAGGUGUUUAGUCCCUCAUCUCCAAUGAGACAUGCAGCUGAAAGCAUGAAAAUUCUGAGAAAUGGAGAUUCUGAAGAUGGACUUUCUUUAACAAAACCAAUACUCUUUGUGUAUACUGAUGGCGGACCUGACCACCGAUCUACUUACUGGUCUGUACAGUUAUCAUACAUCUGUAUGUUUAUAGCACUUGACCUAGAUAUGUUGAUAGCAGUGCGUACUGCACCAUCACAAAGCUACAAUAAUCCAGCAGAGCGUUGUAUGAGUUUACUUAACAUUGCACUGCAGAAUGUUGCUUUACACAGGGAGUCUAUGACAGAAAACUUAGAGUUAAGAGUACGUAGUUUAACAUCACUUGGUAAAAUACGUAAUGCAGCAAACCGUGAUCCCGACUUGAAAACUAAUUUGGUAGACUCAAUGGAACCAGUGCUGGCAGUACUGAAACAGCGAUUCUCAAAGCUGAAAUUUCAUCAAGAGCCAUUAUUAGUACAUGAUGCUGCAACAAUGAAGAGUGAACCCAAAGUCACCCAGAAAAAUGUUCUCAAAUUUUUCAGCGAUGAUCCGACACCCCAGUAA